AUGGAAGAAGAAAUUCCAGGCUCUUGCCCAGAAUUAAAAACUCGUGAGACAAACUUCCAAUCUCAAGAAUUCGGAGAAUCGAUUGCUAAUAUUAAUCCAGAGGAGAUGAAUUAUUACAGCUCGUUUAUAUUUCCAACUUUUACAUUAAUUCUUAUUAUCACGUGCCUUGUCGUAGCACUUUAUAGUGCAAAAGACUUUGAGGACAGCUUAAUCCCACCUUAUCUUAUAGCAGCUGCAAUAAUAAUGGGGCUGGAUUUGUCUAUGAUGAUAAUUCAAAGCGUGAUAAGGAAACUUUCCAAUGAAAAUGCUUAUGAGUUUCCCGAAAAUUCAAUGAGAAGUAAAAAAAUUCCAAAAAUAAUGACAAUUAUUUUGUUUGUUGGAUAUUUUGGCCUUAUUAUUGUAGGAGGUCUGGCUUGUAUAGUGUUUAAUAAUACGGAAAUAACGAGCAAAGACAAUGCCACUUUAUCUGUAACUUUUGUUGCAGUCUAUGGCUUUAUUGUGCUUAAUCCCCCCUCUGUGAGUGAACAAAAAAAUUAUCUUAAUAUAAAAAUUUUUAUAUAUAACUAAUAAUAAGGACCCCCCCCCUCAUUUGUCGAAUUUUCUAGUCUUUUUUUUAUAAGAAUUUUUUUUUUCAGGACCUCAUUUGUCCCAAAAUCUAGUCAAAAAUGAUUUGUCCAAUUUUCUAGUCUUUUUUGCAUUUUUUUCGAAUGCCCUAAAUUCUAGUUUUUUACUUUAAAAAAACUAGAAAAUGAGACAAUUGAGGUCCUGAAAAUUUUUUUCUAUAUCAAAAAUUUUGACUAGAAAAUUGGACAAUGAGGUCCUAAAAAAUUUUUUUUUUCCUAUAAAAACUAGAAAAAUGGACAAAUGAUAAAAGACUAGAAAAUUGGACAAAUGAGGGGGGAGGUCCUUAGUAUAAUGACAUUUGGGAAUUUUUAAAUUUAGAAGAAAAAAAAUUAAUUUCCUUCGUAAGCGAACAAUUUUUUUGUUCGCUCACGGAGGAGGGUUAGAGCAAUGGCUGAGAUAAUUUCUUUUAUCACUUUAUGAAUGCUGAAUUCAUCUAGAAAUAUAGAAAGUAAAAAAUAUGAAAAAAAAGCAUCAAUUGAAAUGGGCACAAAUAUUGAAGCAUCAUCACCAAGAGAUUCUUCUGAUCCUCGUUGUAAUUACCUUGGCUCACAAGAAGGUGAAGCUCAAACACCUAAUGUUCCUGAAUAUGAUCAAAAUCAGGAUGAAGUUAAUACAUAUAUACUGCCAGGGGUGGAUAAUAAUCAGAAUAGAGGGAAGUUUGAUGAUGUUGAUUUUUCAAAAAUAGAGGAAAGCAAAGAGCCAUAUUCAAUUGAAGUCUCAGAGCCUUCUAAGCAAGAUAAAAUUAACUUACUGCCUAUCCUUGAUAACAAUUUCUGUUAAAAUUUUCUAAAAUUGGGGGAAUUAUCCUGAAUCGAAUUUCAUAUGCUCAAAACCACUCCCUUGCCUUAAAUCUAACACCUAUAAUUGAUACUAAUUAGCAUUAAGAGGUAUAAAGUAUAUUGCCUCUCUAAUCACUGGAACAUAAAAUUUUAUAUAAAUUUUUCAAACAUUUCUGAAUGGGCAGGCAGCGACCAUUUCAUCAAUCAAACGGAGUUAGAAAACAAAAUGCAAAAAAAGAAACCGAAAAAAACAUCCAAGGCUUCAAUUAUUAGCACUCAGAAAUAUAGCAAAAAUAAAAUGACCUUUUCACAAAAAGUUUCUCAAAAAUUCCUACCAAAUCAAGCUUCUUCCGGAGGAUAUAACGCUGUUGGAACUGAAACUCCGUAUUCAGAACCUGAAGAAUAUGAAAUUAACUAUGUUGAGCAAGAAUCUUCACCAUUUAAAUACUCUGAGCCAGCUGACGAGCCAUAUCAAUUGAACAAAACAACUUUUGAUGUAGAUUCUGAAAGUGAUUUAAGUUCAUUAAGCUCCAACAAUAAAUCAUUUUAA